CCGAUGCUUCCACACCACAUCCCGAUCCCCAUUCUAGACGCCCUGGAUGCCGUCCGAAGAGGAAAAGCUACACGAGCUCAGACAACAGAUGUGGGAACUCGAACAUAAAAAGAACAACGAGAUAUUUGAGCUCAAGGAGGAGAUUGCAACGCUUCACCUUGAGAUUCUGCAGUGUCGACUACUGUUGAACGAGAAGGCGGGAAAAGCGCGCGAAAGGAGGCCUUGGGAUGGCAUCCGAGCAGAGACCAAGAGCCGUCAAGAGAGGUGGACAGCUGCCGAUGUGAAAACGCUGAUCAGCAGCCUUUGCACGGAUCCCGGGCACAUGAAUGUGAUGGAAGUCACGCGCAGCCUGAAACGCGGGAGGCUUCUAAAGUGGUUGGAAGAAGACUUCCCCAAGCGCUAGACCAAGAUUCCUUGCAUACUGGCUGUACGGAGUUGAUGGGACUUGUACACUAUCCGCCC